CUGAUGUCAUGUCACAGGACAGCUUUGAGAACUUCACACCUGAGAUCUCUGAUGAUGAAAACAGUGAAAUCUACAGGUUCCAGUGCACCAGUCCAGGCCUGUACCAGUGCAGUGUGACAGGCCUGGUGUUUAACAUGGAGGGAGAAGGGGAUGUGACUUACAGGAUCGUCCACUGGGACCGGAGGCUGCUCGCCCAGCAUCACAAGAAGCCUGCAGGACCGCUGUUUGACAUCAGAUGCCAGCAGCAGUCUGUCUGCCAGCUUCAUCUCCCACAUUGUGAGAUCAGAUCUACAGGUGCAUGUCAGUUCUUGUCAGUGGCUCAUGUGACCGACGAGGGCACUGAUUUCAUCCUUCCACAUGAGAUAACAGAAACUCAUGUUGUUAUCAACAUCACUGGAUUUUCUUGUUUUGGUAUUGUCAAGAAUAAAAACUCGCCCCCUAUCCCGAUCAAGGCGGCAGUGCUGCUGUUUUACACUCCUCCAGUUGAUCCUGAUCCAACAUCCUUCCUCCAUUUGUUGUUGCUGCCUGGAAACGUUGUGAUCAGGGACGUACAAUACCAAAGGAGAAAAAUAAAUGGGGUUGAGAGCUACAUAAAGACAUCACCACGCUGUAUACUCCAGCCAAAUCAGGAGUACACACUGUCCACAUCUCCUGAGGAUGAAUCAGUUCUAAUACAACCAAAGAAGGCAGAAUUUGACAAUGAAAUCAAUGAUAACUACUUCACUACUUUUGAGGUGAUUUUAGAACAAAUCAGGAGAAAUAUUCAUUUGUCUCUCACAGACAGUAACAGCUCCCUCUGUGUAUGGGAAAGGCGAGUUGAUCUUCCAUCAGCUGCCAUAAGGAAGCCCCAGGGUCAGAGUGCUGUGAGUCUCCGUCACGACAUGAGUUUGCUCUCUAUACGGAGCAGCUUCAUCAGUGGGGUCUCAGGACCUGUGCUCCAAAGUCUGCUGGACGGGCUUUUAGAGAAACGGGUGAUAAAUGACUCUGAGCGGGAGGCAGCACAUGGGAUGCAGAACAAAGAAGACAAGGCUCGUUUUGUCAUCGACACGGUGAGGAACAAAGGGGAAGCUGCUCGUUCAGAGAUGAUGGCGCUCCUCUGUGACAUCGACCCUUUUUUCUGUGGGCGUCUUGGAAUGAGGAGCGAUGAAGAUGAAAUGAUGAUUGAGGAACUGCCUGUCACACAUCAGUGCAGGACUCGCAAAAUAUCUACCAGUCAAGACAAAGGUAAGACAAAAAACAAGACAAAAAAAUGUUGUGCAGUCAUGUGAUCAUCCUGAACCUGCAGUGAGAAAACAUGAACCACAAAGGCUGGAGCUAGGAGUUCUUCACGGGAUGACAAGA